UAAGAAAGACCUCUUUCUUCCUAGAAAGGAACAAAUUGGGAACUAGGGCUUCUGCAAUCGCAGUUUGCGUUGAGGCUAGAAAAGAAGUUGAAAAUGUUCAAGAACACAUUCCAAUCUGGGUUUCUGUCCAUUCUCUACAGCCUCGGGAGCAAACCUUUGCAGAUAUGGGACAAAGAAGUUGUUGAUGGCCAUAUAAAGAGACCACAUGAUGAAGACAUACAAUCCAAUGUCCUUGAAAUUGUUGGAUCGAAUAUCCAGUCCACAUACAUUACGUGCCCAGCAGAUCCAUCAGCAACGUUGAGUAUUAAACUGCCGUUCCUUGUCAUUAUUGUGAAGAAUCUGAAGAAAUAUUUCACUUUUGAGAUUCAAGUUCUGGAUGAUAAGAAUGUCAGGCGACGUUUUCGAGCUUCUAAUUUUCAAGCUGGCACCCGAGUGAAGCCGUAUAUCUGCACCAUGCCACUGAGGAUGGAUGAGGGCUGGAAUCAAAUUCAGUUUAAUCUGGCUGAUUUUACCAGGAGAGCCUAUGGAACAAACUAUGUGGAGACAUUGCGAGUUCAGGUUCAUGCAAAUUGCCGCCUGAGGAGGAUAUAUUUCUCUGACCGCUUGUACUCCGAGGAGGAACUUCCUCCUGAAUUUAAACUAUACCUUCCAAUGCAACAGAGGACAUGACUGAAUGCAAGUGAGGAGGUUCAAACUGUUGGAGCUAGAUGGAUAUCAUCUUUCCUUUUCCUGGGUGUAAGAAAAUACCAAUUGUAUCAGACCCAUGUUUGUAUGCUCAUGGCCUCAUGGGGCAGAGAAUGUAGAACAGAAAAACCUUGAUCUUUAAUGGUUUUGUAUGCACUGUGAUCAAAUGAGCACAUUAUGCUUG